AUGGAUUUCCCACAAGAAACCGACUUUUACAUCAAAGAAUUGAUUGAUGACGCUUUGGGACUCCCAGUAUCUGCAGAUGCGUUGCAACUCAAACUUCACGCCUCCGAAGAUGCUCGCCUUCGCCUUCGUAAUCAGUACUUGUGUCUCCAUUCCAAACUCAAAGAAAAGGACAACGUUAUAGACAGUACUAGGGCGGAGGCAAGUAUCAAUGCCGUGGCGUUGAAGAAAUUCAUUGAAGAGAACCAGAAAUUGGCCACGGAGUGUUCGAAUUUGUUGGCACAGUGCGAUAAGUGGGAGAGGGAGUGCUCGCUUUAUGAUCAUGAUCGUGAGGCUUUGAUGGAUUUUGCAAAUGAGGCAGAUGAGAGGGCUACAGAAGCAGAGAUUCGGGUCCAUGAUUUAGAGGAGCAUAAUAAAAAGUUAUCUGAGGAUUUGAAUCUCUACAAGUGUCGAUGCGAGAAACAGAUGAAAGGACUGUACAGGUGUAAGGUAAAUCUUUUGCUUACAGUUUGUGUUCCGGUGAAGAUUGUAUGGAUUGAUGUGUGCACUGAUGAUACAUCUGCGGAAGAGACUUUACUAGAUUCAUUAUUGGCAACUAUGUUUGGCAAGGAUGAAAUCGCGUCAACUGCACAUAAGUUCUUAGAGGCCUAUAGUGGAAUCGAAGCUUGCCAAAAGAUUCUGAAAAUGUGGUACAGUUUGAGGCCAUCAACUCAGAAGGUUGUGGCACUGGUGGCUGAGGCAAAGAAUUUGGAGAAAGACAAGGAUCAUUUAACGAUUAACCUGCAUAGAGCUGAAAAGGAGGUGAAACUUCUGUUUCAAGAAAACAACAUAUUAGACAAGGAAAAUAAAAGUUUGAUGAGGCAAUGCUACAGAGAACAGAAUUCUGCUGCUUCUGAAAACUCGAGCAGUAAUUCUAUGAAGGGGAACAAACGAAAAUCUGGACUAAAGUUGAGCAGUCCGGUGGAUAAGAAAAUUGAUCUCAGCGAUAUCAAUUCACUCAGUUGGGUUCUCUUGGGAUUGUGA